AUGUCUGCCCAUGGUAUGGAAAAUGACUUUCAGCUGUUCUCUUCUCGUCGACAGUCCGGCGGGGGAGAUUCUCGCUUCCAACAUCAACCCAGCGAGAACCACAACCAAGACUGGACACAGUGGAUGCGGUGGGAUGAACCGAUGUUCACAGAUAGUGACCAGAAGCAUGUCGACCGCCCCAUGGAUCUCCCAUUUGUCUCCCCGCACACCAGUAUGAGCUCAUCUCCAAAUCAGCUUCAACCUACAGAUUUCUCUCCGCAACUUCCGCUAGGGUUGAUGGAAAUUCCGUCCGAUCAUACGCACCAGAGGGGCUCAAUAGUGUCAAACUACCAAGGCCUAGUCUCUCCCAUUUCUAGUGUGGGGGCUAGCCGAAAGCGAAAGACGGGUAGCGACGAUGAUGCCACCACUGUGACUGGUCCUGUUCAGCCCGGUAAAAAGAUGCCGGCGAAGAAGCGAGCACACAAUGUCAUUGAAAAGCGAUACCGGGCCAAUCUGAAUGAGAAAAUUGCCGAACUACGCGACAGUGUACCGAGUUUACGAACAACGAAGAACGCCAACGGUGAAUCCAACGAGGAUGAUGAGGAUGGGGAGGGUGCUCAGUCUGCAAGCAAGCUGAACAAGGCUUCUAUCUUGUCAAAGGCAACGGAAUACAUCAAGCACUUGGAAAUUCGCAACAAGAGAUUGGAAGACGAGAAUACCGCUCUCAAGAACCGUCUUCGUCAGGUCGAUAAAGCAGCCGACCAAGCUGUCACCUCGUCCGCCUCCGUAUCUUCACCUAGCAACUACACUGCUUCCAGCGAUUCAAACGCGGGGACAUCGCCAAGUGUGUUCUCCCAGCCCGAGGAGCUCGAUGGUAGCUCCCCUGGCUCGUCCGCAUCGCAUCCUCCGGAGGGUCUUAUUAAGGUUCCGGAUGCAUUCAAACGGAUGCGUGAAGAGGGUCAAAAGGGAAUAUUUGCAGAGUCAUAUAUGAAGUCUUCUCCACGGGCUACUGGUGGCUCUGACUAUGGCCGCGAAGAUGGGUCCCGGAGACGGUCCAAGCUGCCCAACAAGUAUAUGCUGGGUGCUCUAGCUGGGCUAAUGGUGCUCGAAGGCUUUGGUUCAGAUGAAAGCGAGACUGAGGCGAAAGGCCUGUUUGCUCUUCCUUUGAAUCUACUCCGUCGAUUGCAGUCUCCUAGUCUAGCUCACUGGGAGUACUACCUCAGAAACUUCUGGCAUUCCUGGCAUGCACGCGCUAUUUCACAUGUCCUUCUUUUGGCGACUCUGGUUGUCGGAAGUGCGUUCAUUGUUUUCGUUUACCUUUUCAACGCUCAACCAGCCACACAGCGUGCCUCGCCCAAGCAGGUCGCCGAGACCCAGAAUGGCGCCCCCACCUCCAGCGACUUUAGGCGACAGGCCUGGCUUACCAGCAUGCAACGAGUCGGUGUGCCACGUCACCGAUUCUUCCGCGAAUGGUACGUGGUGACGUCGCGCUGCUUUGAAUAUGUUCUUCGAUGCUUAAUGGGAUGGAAAAUUUACUCUUGGGUUACGGGUAUUACCGAGGAAGAUGAAAGAGGCCGAGUGAAGACAUGGGAUAUUGCCAUUGAUGCCCAGCUCACUGGAGGCGACGCUGAGAUUACCAAGAGUCGCCUGGUUCUCACAAUCUUUGCGGCUGGCACACUUCCUAGCAGCCCUAUGCGGAUGAUGCUGAAGGCGCUGCAUGUGCGCAUUCUAAUGUGGAGAGUUGGAGAGCCUGGUUCCUGGACCUUCCAUGUCUCUAAUGACAUUGCUCGUGCUCUUGCGAACUACCAGUGGGGUGUCGCGAGAGAAAUCAACAGCGCACUCCCCGAGGGCCAUCCAGAUCAGGUCCCAAGCCACCUUGCCGAGCUCCUUAAGCUUGAGUGUGAGGAUGUCAUGAUCGAUGCUAUCAUUCAGCGCGCCGUGAACCUGACAUGGAAUCGACCAACACAGGAGGGUACUGGAGAUGACGAAGUUCUUCUUGACGUUGUCGAGGAAGACCCUGCCAUCCAAUGCUCUGUGGAUGCUCUUGCGGCUUGGUGGUCCAGUCACCUUCUCCAGACUGCCCUUCUCAAGUACAUGGAAGCCAGCGAAGGGGGGACCUGUGUCCAAAAUAAGCCGUGA